CGGACGAAAAUAUCUCUUGGCUUUCCUAUCCCAACACGACGUUAUCAAUUCAUGCCAACCGAAGGAUGGCGAUGGAGGAAGCUAGAUGGAAAAUAAUGAAGAGGAUUCCAGAAUUUUGAGGUGCAUCCAAACGAGGAUUCCAUGGAAUCUUAGGGUUAGGUUUUUAAAAGCAAGGAGUGGUGGAGAGGCUUCUCGACCUUGCUCGACGUGUGGAGGGGCGCUCUCCGAGGAUUUUUGCUUCUUUUUUCUCCCUCUUCUCGCGUUUUCUGGGGUUCGGAUUUGAGCCAAAGGUGGGAUCUUUGGAGGAGGGUUCGGUACAAUUCCGGAUUUUGGGGUUGGGUGUUCGUGUUAGUGGGUGUUUGAGAAUCUGCCUUCUCUCCGAAAGAGAAGGAGGCAAGUGUAAAAAGUUUUAUCGAGGUGGGGUUUAAGACCAGAAGGUAAGAUUCUUCGUUCUAUUUUUGGAAGAAAUAAAGGAAGAUUUUUGUUGAUUUUAUCUUUAUCAGAGAAGAAGGAGAGUUCUAGUUAUUUAUGUACUUAUUUUGUAUUGAAUUCGACGGGAAAAUCUUGCCAAUAUGCGGUUUUCUGGCCAUUGGAUUGUUGGACUGGACUUUCCUUUCCGGACCAUUGAUGAAGAUUUUCUCAAUACAAUGGUGAUGAGAAGAGUAGACCUCCGAUCUGACACCGUCACGAAGCCCACGGAGGCGAUGCGAGCUGCCAUGGCGAGCGCCGAUGUGGAGGACGACGUUUUGGGCUCCGACCCCACCGCCCACCGCUUCGAAUCCGAGAUGGCGAGGGUCAUGGGGAAGGAAGCCGCUCUCUUCGUGCCCUCGGGCACCAUGGGAAAUCUCAUAUCGGUGCUUGUCCAUUGCGAGGUCAGGGGCAGCGAGGUCAUCCUUGGGGACAAUUCCCACAUACAUGUUUACGAAAAUGGAGGCAUAUCGACCAUUGGAGGCGUGCACCCAAGGACCGUCAAGAACAAAUCCGACGGCACCAUGGAUCUCGAUCAGAUCGAAGCUGCUAUUAGGCAUCCCGAGGGAGCACUCUACUACCCGACUACUAGGUUAAUUUGCUUGGAGAAUACGCAUGCUAAUUGUGGGGGAAGAUGCAUUUCAUCAGAAUAUACAGACAGGGUAGGACAGAUCGCUAAAAAGCAUGGUUUAAAGCUUCAUAUUGAUGGAGCACGCAUCUUUAAUGCUUCGAUUGCACUGGGGGUUCCUGUUCAUAGGCUGGUGGAAGCUGCUGACUCAGUUUCGGUAUGCAUGUCAAAAGGAUUGGGUGCUCCAGUUGGAUCUGUCAUUGUAGGCUCAAGAGAGUUUAUUACUAAGGCUAAAAGGCUUAGGAAAACCUUAGGUGGUGGGAUGAGGCAGGUUGGAGUCCUUUGUGCAGCUGCUUAUGUUGCUUUGCGAGAUAAUGUGGGAAAGCUUGAGGAUGAUCACAAAAAGGCCAAAAUGUUUGCAGAUGGAUUGAGACAAAUCAAAGAACUAACUGUUGAUACAUCCUCAGUGGAGACCAAUAUGGUGUUUUUUGAUAUUGUAGAGAGUUCGCUUAUAACACCUGAAAGGCUCUGUCAAGUCCUGGAAGAGCAUGGUGUACUUGCAAUGCCAGCAAGCUCCACAAGUGUCAGGUUUGUAGUCCAUUACCAAAUUUCAGAGAGUGACAUCCACUAUGCAUUGGCAUGUGUUCAGCAAGCUGUUCAAGAAUUAUCAACUGAUGGUAUUGCAAAAUGAGGCUGAGUAAUCAACUUACUGUUAUUCUUUCUGAUUUCAUAGAUGCACUCAACAAAAGGUGCAAGAAUUUGUCGUUCAUCUUUCUCAAACAUUUGAUGUAACUACAAUUCAGUAUAAGUAAUGAUCCAGCCGCCUUGUCUAUUUCAGAGGCCCUUAACUUUAACUUCUCCAAA